CAAACUGCCCAGGCAGCAGUCCACAAUAUCUCCGACGCUCUCGUCGUUUUUCUGGGUUUCAUAUCUUGUCAGUCUAGACGUCUUUCACCAUCUUCCGCUCGACGCUUAUUGGAUUUCGCUACUGCCACCAUGGGCGCCCCACCACCGUCAAGUCAGUUAGCACCGCUACCCGCCGACCUGCCCUUCCAACUCAUCAGCAAAACUAUCGGCCAAGGCGCGUAUGCAUCAGUACGGAAAGCGACUCCGCCAGGUCGAACGAAUCCCGUCAUAGCCAUCAAGUUUAUCAACAAGGACCAUGCCUUCAGACAAGGACGCCUAUCCCCGAAGCAAAUCAGCAUGGAGAUAACACUUCAUGCACAUCUUGGCAAGCACCAAAAUAUCAUACAACAUUUGGGUCACGGCGAAGACACUCUUUGGACAUGGAUCGCCAUGGAACUUGCUGAAGGUGGAGAUUUGUUUGACAAGGUGGAAGCUGACGAGGGUGUCUCGGAAGAUAUUGCACAUUUCUACUUUACACAGUUGAUCAGUGCAGUGGGAUAUAUGCACAGUAUGGGCAUUGCGCAUCGAGAUCUCAAACCAGAGAAUGUCUUGCUGAGUGGAGAUGGAGACUUGAAGCUUGCAGACUUUGGGCUUGCGGCGUUGUUCAAGAAAGAUGGCAAGGCACGGCUUUGCAAUUCAAUAUGUGGAAGCCCACCUUACAUCGCCCCGGAAGUGGUCAAUGGACGGAAGAGCAAGCGGCACGAUCUACUGGAUACGGGUUACAUGGCCAAUAUCUGCGAUAUCUGGAGUUGCGGGGUGGUGUUGUUUGUGUUGCUGGUGGGCAACACGCCUUGGGACGAACCGACAAUGAACAGCUGGGAGUUCAAGGAGUACGUGGAUACAGAAGGUCGAACGAGUGAUGAGCUAUGGCUUAAGAUUCCACCGGCCGUCAAUUCCUUGCUGAGAGGGAUUCUCAGGGUGGAUCCGGAAAACCGCUUCACACUCGACGAGAUACGAACGCACCCUUGGGUUACACGGGACAAUCGUUAUAUGGAUGUCAGGGAGAGAAAGAAAGCGCGCGUACAGAUGGCCACCGAAAUGCUCUCGUCUCUCCGCAUCGACCUCUCCCAACCUCCACCCUCGCAGUCACAGCGGACAUUCUCCCAACCUUCCCAAGAUCCCGACGCCAUGGAUAUCGACUCGAUGAACUCUACACCACACCGAUCCCGCGCAGACCCAUUCAACACCAACAAAAUCACUUCCACGCAACCCGAAACACCCUUAGCAGAUACCCCCUUUGACUGGGAACGACCACCGCGCCUAGCCACACACGACGGCCUAUCCGCCUCGCAACCCAUAACCAACAACAGCAACCCCCAAAGCUCCAUCCCACUAACAGCACCCUACCCUGUUCAAUCGCUCUCCCAGCUCUCCCAAAGCACACAAGACAUGCUUAGCCAAGACCCCUCUAUGUCGCAAUUCGCAUCUACCCCAGGCGUCCCCCUCUCCCUCACCCAAGCCGCAAGCCGCUUCAACGACAUCCUCCCCCAAUACUCGCUCGCGCGCUUCAUCUCGCCCGUCACCAUCUCCCUCAUCGUUCCGCUCCUUCUCGACACUUUACACCGCCUCGGCGUGCCCGUGCCGUCGCUCACUGCGAACAAAUCCUUGGCCGAGCAGGAGGCUGAGUGGGAGCGGCUCGGCGAGGCAAGCAUUCGCGUCAAGAUGGCAGAUGGACGGCGGCAGGGACUCAACGGGCAUAUUGUUGUCGAGCGGGCGUGGGUCGAUGGGCAGCAGAUGAGUGAGGUGAGGUUCGUCAAGGCUAGUGGAGAUCCGCUUGAGUGGCGCAGGUUCUUUAGAGAUGUUAUGAGGAACGUGGGGGAGGUUGUGUUGAAGGGCGUGUAA